UUUUGUUUACAAGAUGGAUGAAUUUAACGUCUGUAAUUUGGACUACUUUCCAGAAAACAUUUUAAUUGAUGUGUUAUCUUAUCUGACCGUAAGAGAGCUUGUCAGAGUUACAAGAGUGUGUAAGCGAUGGAAACGCCUUGUUAGGGACCAGAGACUGUGGAGAUUUGUCGAUUUGACUGCAUGGAAAGGGAUGACACCUCGCAUACUCUGGAUCCUGCUGCGCCAGUACCUGGGUAGUGGACUAAGGUCCCUACGGCUACGUGGUUUGCUGCUGUCUGCUCGAGGAGGCACCUUUCUCUCUGAGCCUUGGCUCAAGGCUUUGUCCAUAAAGUGCCCUCGCCUCAGAAAGCUCUAUCUUCUCCAUGCAGACUUGAGGGGUCUGCUCAUUUGCCAGGUCCUACCUCCAUCUUUGCAGGUGCUGGAGCUGCAUGGCUGUGAGCUGCCUCGUGGCUUUUUCAACCAGACACUCCCUACUUCACCUACUUGUUCUAAAGAACAAGCAGAAGCAACAUCAAGUGCUGGUGCUCAGCAGCAAGGAUCAGAUAAGAAAGGAAAAGUGCUUGGUUCUCCAUCAGGAAUUUCUAUUGAAAGGUUAGUUCUUAACCAUGUGCCCUCUUUCACAGACCAGCACUUACAGAGUCUGACGUCAUGGGAAAGGCUAGGUCGAUUGGAGUUGCGUGACACCUUUCGUGUGACAGCUAAUGGGCUCAGGAACUGUGCUGCCAAAGAUGGCAUGCAUGGUGUUGAAGGGCUUUCAAAACUCAAGUUUCUGGAAAUAGGCAUCACUGGGCGGCAGGGCUACCAGUUACAGAUGGCCUCCCUGGGGCUAGGGGCAGGGUGGCUUGGACUGGAGGAAUUGAGCCUUGGUGGUAAAGAGGUGGGGCCAGGCCUGCUCUGUGCCAGACGUCUGAAGGACCUGAAGCAUCUGUGCCUGUGGGCCUGCACACUCAGUGAGAUGCAGGUAGUUCGAAGCUGCAGGAUGCUCCGUGGACUCCGCCGACUGGAGUUUUUGGAUGUCAACUUCCACCCUCGGCAGUGUCCACCAGUGGUGGAUGGGGAGGGCGUUGGUGAAGAAGAGCAUAACAGUGAGGAAGUUGCAGGUGAAGAUAGCAGCAACAAUGAGAAUAAGAUAUGUGAUACCAGUGAUACUAUUCCAAGUCUACGUCGCUCACUGGCUGACCUGUUGCCAUCCUGCACAGUAGUUUUCACCAACUGCUCUGUUCUGACCAAUGCAGAGUAAAUGUGGUCUCCACUGCUGCAUACAAGUGGCUAAUAUGGAUAAAACUAUCUUUCACACAGGCAAAUGUAAUUUUAAAUGGUGUUAUUGAUAUGAUUGAAUUAAGUUUUUAUUUUUAUGACAUAAGUAUAACUAGAUCCAGCCAACAUGGGCUUACAGGAUAUCAAGGUUUUACAUGAGCCAGCUCUAGAAUGCUCUGUACAGAUUUUCAAACUUUCAGAACCUUCAUGUCAACAAAAUAAGAAAUAUCACAAUAUUGCAGUUUAAUAUUGGAGAAAUCAGAAUACAAUAAAGAGAUAUAGGAAGUGAUUCAGGGACAUGCUUUUGUUACAUUUAUGUAUGUCCUUAAUCUGGGUUUUGACAGGAUAUUUUCAAACCAUUUUCUUCAAACUUAAAUAAAAGCUUUUCUAAAUGGAGCUAUAUGUUAUGGAAAAUCAAAAAGGACACUGAAUGGAUAAAAUAACCACACAGAAAUGUGUAUUGUUAAUUUGGGAAAUUUAAAAUACCAGACAAAUAAAUGUAAUUCAGCACUCUUGCUUUUUUGAUUGUGACAAUGGAUCAGAUAGUCCAACAUAAUCAGCUUUCUGAUGGCUGACAGAUUUGUUUUGUCCCACAGUACAUGUUGUCAGUACUGUUUCCUAGUGCAUUAAAGGUAAAUAGGUGGGACAGUCCCACUUUCAAAUCGAUUGUUCACAUAAAAAGCCUGAAACAAUUCAACACAAAAAGGUUUUUAGCAUAUUCUUUUAAAGUGGGUCAGAAUAUAUCACAGUAUCACUGCUAAACUGUAAAGAUGAGCAGAUGUUAAGUGACAAAGGCAGAUCACUGAAGCAUACUACUGGCAAUGAUCCACCUGUUUCCUGUUCCUUCACUCCUUUUCAACCAUGUAUACAUUUACCAAUACAUCUGUUACCUGCAGGGGCUGUGUGGUUUUGGUCUAACAGAAGAACAGCAUAAUCUAACUUAAUUUUCAUCAAGUCUCAACUCCCUGUUAUUUUUCAAUGUUUUCCUAUAUUCCUUAUAGAAAUUAUGAAAUGAGAAAUGUUAAUUGUAAAUGUCUGUUGAUUGUGUGGAAAUAAUGGAAGAUGUGUCCUUGACAUGAUUUAUGUUCUACAUUUAAACACAAAGUUUGAAAUUAUAAAUGAUAAACUGUAAUACAUAAACUUUAAACAAAUUUUGAAGUACCGUUUGUCUUUGUAUUUUUGUCUUUUAAUAAUUCUAUUAAAGAUAUUUGUUUUGACUGUUAGAGUAGCUUUUCAUGAAAUCCAGUGGUUGGUCAGCUGUUUGCACAUAUCAACUUGACUCGUUAAAAACACCUGAAUGGGGGAAAGUGAUAUAUUUAAAAACGUUAACCCCUUAUGGUUCUUAAACAAGCUUAACAGUUUGUCUUAUUCGCACAUCUAUUUAAUGCAACAAUAGGACAUCUUUAGCACUGUUACAGUUAGUCAUUUGAUCAAAUGGUCGACAGUCGUUUUUCAAUUAAAGACACCAUAUGUUUUCUGGUUCUAGGUUCUCUAAGGUUAGGAUGUUAUGAAUUGAUUUUUAUCAUUGUAAAUAGGAUAUAUUUGUUUAUGACAUUUCAUUGAAUAGGUUAUGAACAUAACAGGUUGAUUUAUCAUUAUGAUCAUUAUUAGGUUACAGCCCAUUGUGUUGUCACUAAUUAAAACAUACUUCGGUCUGUGUUAUAUCAAAUAGAUGAAAACCUCACGUUGUAAAUGCAUUCAUCUAACUUAAAUAAAAAAUAAAUAAUAAAGGAAACGUAAAUAGUACUAGGAUUUCAAAGAAAUAGACAGUAAUGUAUCAAGAGGACCGUAAAUAAAUAACCAGGAAAAAGGGCGGGUCGACGUGCGAGCAGAGGCAGUGUUCACCAAUCACACUUGUUCUCUUGUAGCAAUUAUAGCCAAUUGCAGCCUUUUGUGUGUAGCAUACCGACCAAUCACGUUUGGCUAGACUGGCUUUUUGAACACGUUGGCGGACGAGGGAAUUCAAAACGACUGGAAUUUACGCUGAAAGGUUUCAGUUCUUCAUCACGAUGCA